GAUGUCUCUCUCGUAUGUGCGCUCGUGAGAGGCAUUUAGAAGCUAAAUUAGCUUUAGUUUCAACUGUUUAUCAUGGCCAAAAUGGUGGAAUAAGAGAGGCUCACCCCCCCGCAUAAAUUGAAGCAUGUCUCAGCCUUGUUCCAAAGUUGUCAAUCUCAGCCUCAGGAAGAGAAUUCAAUGUCGCAUGUUGAUCCUCCGGCGAUGGUUCCAGCGAGUUUUGGACCGUCUUCUCAUCUGCUCCCUGCAGGGGAAACCAAUCCGGUACCGCAUGUUACCCCAUGCCACCUUGACGUCUCCGCCGCCGGGCUGCAACCCGGUGGGAGAUUUCACGCCGGAGCAGCACGUGACGCCGGCGCCGCCGGUGUGCCAUAAACGCGACGUGGACAGUUCUUCGGAUUUGGUUGCCUUGAAGAUCAGUCUCUUGGGUGACAGCCAAAUUGGAAAGACUAGUUUUCUGGUGAAGUAUGUAGGGAAUGAGAAAGAACAGGAAGCUUUGCAGAAGAAAGAAUUAAAUUUGAUGGAUAAAACAUUAUUGGUUGGAGGUGCACGUAUUUCCUAUUCUAUUUGGGAGGUUGGAGGUGGUAACAAAUCUUGGGAUCACGUUCCUGCUGCUUGCAAGGACUCUGUUGCAAUUUUGUUCAUGUUUGAUCUGACAAGUCGAUGUACGCUAAAUGGAGUCCUAAGAUGGCAUCAAGAAGCAAUAAAAUGGAAUCAAACGGCAAUUCCUGUUUUGAUUGGAACAAAGUUCGAUGACUUUAUCCAGCUUCCCAUAGAUUUGCAAUGGACAAUCUCAAGUGAGGCAAGAACAUUAGCAAAGGCCCUUAAUGCGACCCUCUUCUUUUCAAGUGCAACCUACAACAUCAAUGUCAAUAAGGUCUUCAAAUUCGUCACUGCAAAGCUCUUUGACCUUCCAUGGACAGUGGAGCGUAAUCUAACUAUGGGAGAGCCCAUGAUUGAUUUUUAGAGGAUUCAUCUCAUGUACAUAGCAAAAUCUUCCAAAUACAAAAGAAAGAGAGUGACCAAAGUCGGAAAAUUGCCGGAGUUGUCAGUAAAUCUAGUCCUGUUGCUUUGCUUGCAUGCCAUGGAGAGAGGCUGCGGCGGGGGGAUCGAAACAGAUCGGCCUUCAUCUCUAGCCAUAAAUAAUAUGUUUAGUUCAAGUCAGCAAUUGUAGAAAGAUAAAAGAGUUUUUUUUCUUCUUUCCGAAGAUAGAUUAUUUUCUAACAACGAGGCUUUUCGUUGACCUGCAA